AUGGUAAGGCAUCUAGGAGAAUACCCAAACGAAGUGAUGCCGAUUCCGGCCACGGCGGCCAAUCUCAAUGAGAUUAGCCAACUGCGCAGGAGAUAUUAUAGUGCUCAAGUGUACGCGCAGACACAAGUGCACUCUCUAUUCCUAUCACUCUCAUACUCCGGUGGGACGACCACUCGACACGACCGUGUUGAGAUGAGUACAACGACUUUUUGGUUUGGUGAUGUCGCCCUCCAGCAUCCGCUAGGAGCGCUUGGUGGAAGUGAUUCUUUCGGUCUUCAAAAUCUGAAUGAGGAGAAAGCGACGAAUGACUCACCCAUU